AUGACUCCGGUCGGCGGCGGCAGCGGCAGUACCAGUGGCGGCAGCAACACGUAGUAGUAGCAGUCAACGGUGUCCAGGCAUCGCAACGCUUAGAAGGCAUAUCGGAACAUCCAAGUCCGUUCUUCAUCCGACGCGCUGAUCACGGUGCAUCACGCAGCCGCGUUACGGAGCGGAUCUCCUACCCAGCAGCAUCCUCCCCGUUGAGCGUGUCCGCGGCUACGUAGGCGGAUAAUUACGGAACCGACCGGAAAUACGUUUGGAAGCCGAUUAAGCUCGCGAUCCUCUGCUUGACAUCUCUGUGGCAGAAUGAAGCUGUGCUGGAGUUUGGCUCUCGUGGCCGUCGCCCUGUUGGUGAUUCUUACGACCGCGCGAGCGGAAGCUGAUCUGUGGGAGGAGGAUGACAAGGAGGUGCUUGUGCGGACAGUGCGCGGUACUAAGGAACGAACAUCCGGCAGCUCCUCGUCGUGCAGAUACGUAAAGGGUCAAUGGUCGGAAUGCGACUCGACUACCAACACGCGGUCGCGCACUCUGAACCUCAAGAAGGGUGACAAGUCCUGCGAGCAGACCAAGACUAUACAGAAGAAGUGCAAGAAAGCAUGCCGAUACGAGAAAGGCACGUGGAGCGGAUGCGUGAAUCAGGUAAUGACGAGAAUCGACAAUCUGAAAGCAAACAGCGAUACAUCCUGCGAGAAGACGCGACGGCUGACCAAGAGGUGUAAACCGGAGACCAAUACCAAGAAAUCUGCCAAAGGUGAACGGUCGAACAAGAAAUCGGGCAAGCAGUAAUUAUCCGCCGAUCUCCAAUCAUUUCUUCUAAUCGGGCAACGAAAGCGCACUCUCAUCUCUACGAUUCCCGUACCUUCUCUCGAUCCCCUUCCCUGUCGCCAAUUAAUUGCGAGGCAGAGCACAAAUUUGGAUCGCACGUCGAUCGAAGCGUUUAUCACGUAUACUGCCUAGGAGUCAUUUGCAUUUGGGAUGCAGACGCGUGCCGCGCAACUGCAAACCGUUUUAUCAAGGUGCGCUGCCGUCGAUUAAUUACUGUUAAUAAUUAUGGAAUGGUGCAUACGUUUCGAUGAUCACAUCUGUUCUCUCGGCAAUGACUCGGUUGUUAACCCUUCUAGGGUUUCCUCGUACCAUUAUCCGCAGUAGUUUAUAUCAGUGGUGUACGUUUGCGCGUGAAUUUUAGCUUAAAUGUUUCGACUUCCGAGUAAACACAGUAGAUUGGUUAAAUAAUAGGUCCGAGUGUGUAUGGAAAAUAUCGUGUUCGUAAGCAUACGCCUGUCGAAGAGGCUCUUCUAUCUAACCCAUUGACAUAAUUUGCAACGAGUCCCUCCUCGUAGAGGAGUUAUUGAUCGUAUAAAGGUAUUCUAAAAAUGGACGUUGACGAGAUCUUGGAGGGUUAAGCCGCGCAAUCAACCGGAGAAUCGAUUGGGAACCGAUACGUAACAUGUUCGAGAUGACGAAAGCUAAACACGGCCGAUCGUUCAGACACGUAGUGAUGCAGUUUGUUGCAUUGAAUUUUCCGCAAAUUUGCGACACCGGCGUCUCUCUCGACGCGAAAUUUUUUUCACGACUUUCGAAUUCGGAUGUAUUUAAAGGAUCCGCAAGGAGUGUUAGCUUUCUCAGCGCGUUCUUGCAAAAUCUGCACCACUGGUUGUUCGAUUAACGAGCGUAGCACACAUCGUAGAUCAGAGCUCCCUGAUUAGAAGCAGCCGCCAUUUCGGAGGUUCGCAGAGGAUAAGAUCAUCCGCCAAAGUUGUUUCUCUCGUCUUCCCGCAGCGAUAUUGUAUUAUUAUUAAUAUUAUUAAUAUUAUUGUUUAUCACACACAAGAAAACAGCAGCGACCCCCGUUUGGCUUUAGCUGCUGAUCCACUUAAAAUCGUGUACAAUAUUUGUCAUACUAAACAGCUUUCAUUCAAUUGUCACAUAAAUAUACAAUGUUCGGUGUUCAAAGUAACUGUGUCCUGUAUCAUGUAACAUGCGCGAGAUAUUCCGACAAUUAUUACGCCGUCGCGAAGGUUCGUCAAGUUUAAACGAGGAUGCUCGAGCGAGAAGUUAAACGGCAUCUGUCCCCCGUGUGGCAUAUCCAAAACGGUCACGACGAAUCAAAAAUUACAAAAUCAAAAUAAAACGAUCAAAAGAAACACAUCAAAAAUAACAUUUGUCGAGAGAAUUAUAAAAUACGAAUGCGGAAAUAUACUAUACAUAUUUAGCAACAGAAUGUUCGCGCGAGCCUAAUGAAUUUUUCCGGAAUCCUCCGCGCUCCUCUCGGCAGGACGUUGUCACUUCCGAUGUUAAUAUUCGCAAUUAACGUUAUAAUAAUAAUGUAUCAAGUGAUAACUGGCAAAUAUGGAAACUCGCCAAUGAGCAUGAAAAUCAAACUGAAAUAACUCGUCGUCUCAUCAAACAUGCACGCCCGCGCGUGCAGGAAAGAGAGAGAAAAAGAGAGAUAGAUCACUGGAUAUCUUUUCGACGUCACAAAAAUCAAAUCCCUCCCUCCCCGCAUACAAGAUUGUAAUUCGUUUUUAAGUCUAGAUGUAAAAACCGGAGGGCUCGUCGGUGAGAGAGGAAGUUAAGCUGUUUGCGCGUUUGGUAUUUGCACGCGAGUGCGACCCGCGACGUGCGGACGUGUCUCGCAGGGAUGCAUAGGGGGGUAGAUGAGACCCGGGGAGAGAGUAUUUUUCGCAAACAAUAAUAUUUUGAAGGUGUCUCUUCCUGAUCUCCAUCGAGAUCUCCGAUACGCGACGGUGGCUCGGUUCUUCAGCUCCGACAAUCAGACGAAGGGUCGCGGGACGUUAAGAGAACGUCUCGGUGAUUGUCGACGAUUGUCUUCCACGCGUCGGAUUCCGAGGACCUCCAGGAGUUCAUCUAAAACCCUAUGGACGCCGUACGCGCGGAAUCGCGCGCGCGUCAUCAUCAAACGCCUAGUUCUAGCUCCCGUAUUACAGCAUAUCAUCAUUACGCAUGAAGCGGAAUCUUAUCGAUAAACCUAUAGGAUAGCGUUAUCUCCGUUUUAUGAACUCUUCGCUAAUUACUGUCCCCCCUCCCCCCCCCCUCCCAUUGAUCCUCCAACUGGUGAACUCAAACUCCACCGGAUAUUUGUCGUUCCCUUCACCGUUCGUAUUGCCAAGGUGUGGCUCCGAUCGAAGCUGCGUGCUCCGCACCGAGGCCAGUUCGUACCAGUUGGGACACGCCACGGAAGUAGACUCGUUUAUGUGCCGGUUAAAAAAGCAUUAAAUGUGUCUCCCACGUUGCGUCUAUUUUACAAUGCGUGCACUAAUUACAUGCGCGAUCCGCGGAGAUCCACUCGCGCAAUGUUCCGCUCGAAAGAGAUCCUUCGGCGUCCGAGACCAUUCCGAGUAACGCUACACUUUUUACGAAAUGCGCGAAAUUUGCUGCAUGCCUCUUACUUUAGUUUUCGUAGGAAUCUCGCGCUCUUAACGAUCUUAACGUGCAGGACUGCGCAAUUAUGAAACAAUUCGAAUGCGCCGUGCAAUUAUCUCGGCAAUGUAAAACAGAUGUAACGAGUCUCGUGCUUGACUUUUCUGUAUAUGGAGCUCGCGGAAAAGCUCUCCAUGUUUUAAUCGCAUUGUAACAUAGCAUGAUAGAAAAGAUACAUCAGUAAACCUAGAGACUAAUUUUUCAGAUCCUUCGACGAAACUAUACAGGAGCGUUCGGAGGAGCGUGCGUGCGUCGAUAGCAAAUAUCCGUGUUCCCUUGGAGAAAUUUCGAAGCGGAUUUCUCUCUGACUUGAAGUUUUUAUAACAAGUCGUGAAUUAAAUCCUGCAAAUCGAUACCCGCGCUUCGACUCCCGAGACUGUCAGAAAAGGUCACACAGUACAAUUUUAAUUUCCGCCUUCUAAUUAGUUCUGCUCUGAAAAAUCCCUCUCGAUAUCUCUUCCAGAACAGGCUUUCGCUAUCUGCGUGCACUGCGUCCUCCGGAAUAAAAGCAUAGAUAUUCCAGAUAUUAUAAGAGAAUCGUUCAAAAACUUUAUCCGUUAGAAUUAAAAUAAUUAGAGGCAUACGAAUCGCGCCGUUACUAUUACGGACCGUUGAGUUUCAUAAUCGUCGAUCUUGUUGAUGGUUUAAUCUCGUUAGUGCAACUGUAGAAAUUGUAAUAGACUGCUUUAACCAUUUUUAUUGGUAAAACAGAGAUAAAAAAAAAUUUUCUACGCAUUUCGUUAAGAUUAAACAAAUUCGAUUGUACAUUUUCCAAAGACACGUCAAUUUGUUGUACUCGAUCGAUAUAACUGCUUCGCAACGAUUUAGAUAAAUGGUUGUUAAAAGUAUUUGUAUAAAUCGCUGAUCACGCGGUUGCUACAUUAUAUGAAACUGUUUCGUCUCAUUCAGACCGUAUAGCUUAGGAUAGCUCCUGAAUUUUUGGAUGUAUCGUAGCUCGAUGAAAUCGAUGAUUUUCUUUACUAUAAAAUUACUAUAAAAAUUGUAUAAUGCAUCUACUUACUUAUUGAAGUAAUUGUGUAACCAUUACACAUGUAACAAAAAUCCAAUGUUGUCAAUAAAAGUAAAAUAUUAUAUAUA